AAAGGUUACGAGGUAGGACAGCAGAAGACACAGUGUCACUUUUACGUAUUGUGAUUGUCUGGAACUCAGGAAAACAUUAGCAAAACCAAAUGAUGUGAACAAAAGGGGAGAUAACUUGUCCUACUGAGGAAAAAUCAACAUCUGUUUAAUAUGGUCACCAUGGUUCUGGAUUUAAGUGAUAUAUUAACUUCAGAUUAUCAUGAUGCAAGCUGAAGUACUGUUCUGCUAAGUGAUGGAUCGUUGAUAAAUCUCUAAGGACUAUUCCUUCUCACUGAGGGAAACUGUUUGUCAAUCUCAUGUAAACUUUGAAGUUUGGAGUCUUUGAAAAACUAUUUGAAGUGAAACAUGUCAACUAUGAAAACAUUUCAAAGAAAACUUUUGAAAAUAUGGAGACACGGACAUUUCCUAAAUAUGAAUAGGUCAGCAUUGUGUUUGACUUCAAGGCAAAAUGUGACUAUUGUCAACGCACUGGUCAGUUCUCAUUGUGAUUUAACGGUAAGAGGCUACUGUUCUGAAAACAAGAGACCUAAACUGGUAAUCCUCGGGUCAGGAUGGGGCAGUUAUUCUGUCAUAAAGUCCAUUGACAAGAAGAAGUUUGAUGUCAUAGUGGUGAGUCCACGUAACCACUUCCUGUUCACACCACUCCUGGCAAGUACCACAGUCGGGACAUUGGAGUUCAGAUCGAUAAUUGAACCGGUGAGAAAUACAGGAUUCCGCCAGACAGACCACUUUCAUUUGUCAUAUGCCCAGAGUUUAGAUAUGAAGAAUAAACAGAUAACAUGUGAGAGUGUUCUAGAUCCUAGCCUCAAAUACACUCUGGAUUAUGACAAGCUUGUGAUAGGUGUUGGAGCACUCAGCAACACAUUCAACAUACCAGGAGUCAAGGAAAAUUCCUUCUUCCUCAAGGAGGUAGCAGAUGCCAGAAAGAUACGGAACCGGAUUCUGUCCAACUUUGAGUUGUCUUUACAACCUGGUAUAAGCUAUGAGGAGGCUAAGCGACUCUUACACUUUGUCAUAGUUGGAGGUGGGCCAACAGGGGUGGAAUUUGGAGCAGAGUUGUAUGACUUUGUGGAACAGGACGUGUCUAGACUGUACAAACAGAAGCAAUAUGAGGUCAGGGUCACACUCAUUGAGUCCAACCAGAUCCUUGGUGCCUUUGAUGAACGUCUCAGGAAGUAUGCUGAAAAGAAGAUCAAAGAGCGGAACAGGUUUACCCUGCUUCAGUCAUCUGUCACUGAAGUCAAGGCAGACAGAGUAAUACUGAAGGACGGCAGUACACUUCCCUGUGGUCUAGUGGUCUGGAGUACUGGUGUGGCUCCAAGACAAUUUGUACAGUCAAUGGACGUCCCUAAAAAUAAACAGGGACAGAUUCUGACAGAUGAAUACCUGAAUGUAUUGGGUGAUUCUAGUGGGAGUGUGUUUGCCCUCGGUGACUGUGCUGAUAUAGAGACCAUGCCCCUCCCUUGUACAGCCCAGGUUGCUGAGAGAGAAGGAAGGUACUUAGCAAAUCAGCUAGCUAAAUCUGAUCCCAAAUCUGAGCCAUUCAAGUUCCAGAGUAUGGGAAUGCUGGCCUACAUAGGUCGGUACCAAGGUCUCACAGAUGUUCCACAGGUCAAAAUGCAAGGGUUUACCUCUUGGCUACUGUGGCGUUCAGCCUAUCUCACUCGUCUGGGAAGCUGGAGACUAAGGAUGCAAGUACCACUGGAUUGGUUAAAGACAAUUCUCUAUGGACGUGAUGUGUCACGUUUUGAAUGAGUGUAUAUUAGAAUGUCAUCAAGACUAUUCUGUACAAAUGCUGUGUCUGGAUAUGAUUUAGGACUGUAUGAAGAAUUAUUAGAUAAUUAUUGGUAUCAGAUAGAGGAUGAUCCUGUUUCUUCAAAUUUUAAUUUGAACAAACUUGAGUGAUUGGAAUUUCACUUUUUAAAAUUUUUGCUUAUUUCAUCUACAUUUGAAUUUAUUUCAAAAAAUUGUUACUUUAUGUAACAUUGUAGGAUUUUUUAUUGUUUCAGUGAUCGAUAUGUUGAGUGAGAGUAGUAGUAGUGUCAUAAUUGAUCAAACGUGUACAGUAGAUAGUCUUUUGGGCUGUGGUAAUAUUCUAAUCUCCUUAUAAUUUAUUGAUACUGUGCAUGAUCUAGUUCGCUGAUAAAAAUUACUUGUCAAUUACAUGUGUUGUUGUAACUCCAGUUAUCUCUCUGUAGGAUGACUUUUUCUACAAAAUUUUAAAAGCCAUACUGUUCUUUGCUUAGAUGACUAUCCAUUGUUGAUCUUUUGAUAUUGUAUAUUUUUAGUCUUUGAUACAGAUAUAUUCUUAUACAUGUUACGGGUUCUGUCGGGAGUUUUUUGCUCUGCCAUCAUGCAUAUGAAUUCCUUACAACUACAUAUUGACAAGACUAGAUAUAUUUUGGUUACAUACAUACACCGGUGCAACAAUUUCUGAUCUUAUACCAAAUGUUUUAAAGUCCCCUACAGGUGGAAACGGGGAGUUUUAGUUAUUCUCCCUGUCCGUCCCUGCAUCUGUGAAUGUAAUAUCAGCGCUCCAACAGCUCCAUCAAACUUAACACACUUCUAA